UGACUUGUUCUCCCUGCAGGUGUUCGAGCGUCUGCUCAAGGAGCGGCCCGGCGCGCUGGAUAAGGUCCAGCCCCUCGAGGGAGAUGUGGGCUUCACCAGCCUGGGCCUGAGCGUGGUCGACCAGCGCACCGUCCUCGAAAACGUGUCCGUCGUCUUCCACAUGGCCGCAUCACUCAACUUCAAGUCGCCGCUUAAGGUGGCCGUCGAGGACAACACGGCGGGGACGCAGCGCGUGCUCGACUUUUGCUGCCAGAUCAAGCAGCUCGUGUCCUUCGUGUACGUAUCCACGGCCUUCUGCAACUGCGAACAGGACGUGCUGGAGGAACGGGUGUACCCGCCACGCGUGGACCCCCACUAUAUCAUCAAGCUCUGCUCGGAAUCGACCACGGAGACCAUUCAGAGCCUUGCACCUGAAUUGAUGGGGGCGCACCCAAACACCUACACAUUCACCAAACAGCUGGCCGAGGCCCUGGUAGAUGAAUACCACACCAAAAUGCCCCUGUCAAUAGCGAGGCCGUCAAUAGUGACUGCCGCGCUGCGAGAGCCCAUGCCCGGCUGGGUGGACAGCUUUAACGGGCCGACGGGCAUCCUCAUCGCCUCGGGCAAGGGCGUGCUGCGCUCCAUGAUGUGUGACGACAAGAACCACGCCGAGGUCGUGCCCGUCGACCUGUGCAUCAACGCACUCAUCCUACUCGCCUACAAGCGCACCUUGAUGACGCCGGCCGAGGCGUCCAGCACGCCGGUCUACAACGUCUCGUCCAACAAAGUGCAACGCAUUACCUGGCGGGAGAUCAUCGAGCUGGGCAAGGACUGCAUCCGCGAGCACCCGUUCGACACCAUCCUGUGGUACCCGGACGGCGCGAGCAGGACCAACUGGCUCACCCACACCCUCAUCGUCUUCUUCUUCCAGACCCUGCCCGCUUACUUCAUCGACCUCCUCCUCACACUCGCCAGACAGAAGACGUUCAUGGUGCGGGUGCAGCGCAGGAUUGCCGCCGGCAUGAGCGUGCUCCAGUACUUCACCAUGAGGGAGUGGGACUUCCGCAACGACCGCGCCUGGGCGCUGUGGCCGUCCCUGAACGAGCGCGACAAGGAGAUCUUUUUCAUCAACAACGAGAUCCCCGUCGACAGAAACGAAUACAUCAAGACCAUCGUGCUCGGGUCGCGCCAGUACUGCUGCAAGGAGCCCCUCAGCAGUCUGCCCCGCGCGCGCCGCAACCUCAGGAUAAUGUACUACGUUCACCACACGUGCGUCGUCCUCUUUUACGCGCUGUGCGGCUGGCUGCUGUUCCGCGUCCUGGACACCUCGUACAACCCCAUGCGGUCCUGGGCUCUCCUGGGCCAGGUCACCCCCAAGGCGCGACUGCCGUGAACACGCACACGGGCUGCCAUCACCAUCAUUCUCAUGAACACCAUCACUUCACCAGUCCCGGAGCCACUCGACUGCACGCCCAAACCGACGUGAAAGGGAAAGGGACGCGUGUCGCGGACCGAGCGGCAUCCAGAUAAUCCGAGCGAGACAGAGUGGGGUCGACACAAACGAUUUUGGUAUUACAGCGGUUGCUCAAUCCACAAAGUUAAAAAAAUAUUUAAGUAUUUUUUUUUUG